AUGACAGAAUCCAUUCAAAAUUUAAAAACUUUUGAUCCGUUUGCGGAUGCUCUCAAAGGAGAGGACGAAGGCCACCAGGAAGGAGUCAUUCAUAUAAGAAUUCAGCAACGUAACGGUCGGAAAACUUUGACCACGGUGCAAGGAAUUUCGAAUAAUUUCGAUUUGAAAAGGAUUGCGCGUGUAUGCAAGAAGGAAUUUGCUUGCAAUGGCACUGUUGUUGAGCAUCCGGAGUAUGGCUUAGUGUUGCAGUUUCAGGGAGACCAGAGAAACAAGAUUCGAAGCUUCUUGAAAAAACACCAGAUUGCAUCCGAGGAUCAGGUUAAAGUUCAUGGUUUCUAA